GCCCAGGGAGCUACGGCGGUUCGCUGCGCCCGCUAGCACUCUUCUCCAUGAACUAGACAACUCACGCUUGAUAUCCCGGGAAAAUUAAGCGAAUUGGCACGUGGAGAAAGGGUUUAGUCUUUCGGUGGUACGAAAUCAAAUUGCGUUGGCUGGUGACUCCUGCUGAGACCAUGUCAACCUCUCAGCUGACAUCUUGUGACACAUUCGUGGCACUGCCACCAGCAACCAAACGAGGCUUUGUGGUGUUUGGGAAGAACUCUGACCGACCUCAGGGUGAAGUUCAAGAAGUUGUUCACUUCCCUGCUGCCUCCCAUGAGCCAGGCAGCAAAGUUCAAUGCACGUACAUCUCGGUGGAUCAGGCGGAGAGCACACACGCGGUAAUCCUGAGCCGGCCCGCUUGGAUGUGGGGUGCAGAGAUGGGGGCCAACGAGCACGGCCUGUGCGCCGGCAACGAGGCCGUCUGGACCCGGCUCGAGUCCGACGACGACCGCACGGAGCGGCUGCUUGGUAUGGACCUGGUCAGGCUGGCGCUGGAGCGGGCGGCGACGGCGCGGGAGGCGGUCGACGUCAUCACCGGCCUGCUAGCCUCGCAUGGCCAAGGCGGCCCGUGCUCGGACACGGACGCCUCCCUGCUCUACCACAACUCGUUCCUGCUGGCCGACCGUGCCGAGGCCUGGGUGCUGGAGACCGCAGGUCACCUGUGGGCCGCCAAAAGAAUCACAUGUGGCGUGGCUAACAUCAGCAACUGCCUGACGAUCGGGGUGGAGAUGGACCUGCAGCACCCGGAGCUGCACUCGGAGGCCAUCUCGCGCGGUCUCUGGGACGGCAGCGGCCAGCUCAACUUCAAACAGGUGUUUGGUCGUGACGGUGACGCGGACGGCUGCUCCCGGCUCACCGAGGGCCGCAAGCUCAUGGAGCGGUACGCCGCAGCAGGCGAGUUUGACGUGGAGAACAUGCUGGCGGUGCUGCGUGACGCGCCGUCUGGCAUCUGCCGCGCCUACGAUGAUCCGUUCCACACGGCCGCCAGCCAGGUGUCGGUGCUGCCGCCGAUGGCCUCAGCCCGGCCCGCCUGCCACUGGUUCACGGGCACGCCGGACCCGCAGCGCUCCGUCUUCAAGCCAUUCGUGUUCGUGCCGGGCGCGCGCAUCUCGCCGCACAUCCAGAGUCCGGCAAUCGAGGACGACCCGGCUAAGGCCCAGCCGCGGUUCCAGCGGCCGGUGGAGCGCGCCCACCGCCUGUACCGUCUGCACGGCGAGGCGCUACGCACGCGGCCCGAGCGGCACGAGCAGGUGCGCGGCCUGGAGCAGCGCUGCGUGCCUGAGCUGGACCGCUUCCUGGAGCAGUUCACGGCCGAGCAGGCCGGCGAGCUGCAGGAGCUCUUCAAGGACUGCGUCGAGAGCGAGCUGCAGUUCUACAAGUAGAGCCGGCGCGGCUGGGCGCGGCGACCGCGGGACGGGGAGGGGCGGGACGGAGGCGGAGAUGGAGACGGAAGAUCACCAGGAGCACGCGCACAGGCACGGGUGAGCGGGGCGGACACACGCACGGGACACGUGCACUGCAUGCGCACAUGGUGAAUACGUGCACAGAGGUGGAGGGAUCGGUUGUUUUCGCGCAUUCGCGCACGCUGGUGGGAGCCCCGUUCUCCUGCGUGGUGGAGUGGAUGGGGCCCUGCUUAUCAUGGGGUGGAGGGUCGUGCUGGUACUUAAUGGCGGGCUGACGACGGACGCCGCGAAGUGGGACCGGCGCCGGUCGGCGGAGGCGGUUGUGCCCCACCACCGGGUCACACCGCAGCACUAGAAAUCCGAGGGGUCUGCCUUUCUGCACCUGGUUCGGACAUCACUCGUCGCCCUCGCUCGCCUUUGCCGUCUCGCGCGCGCGCCCUUGCUCGCCGUCGCCGUAGCUAUAGCAGAAGCCGGCGAUGCUUUAGUCGCCUAGCUGCUCAGUCUUUCUUUGUUGUUUGAUCCCGGGCGACGGCUGUGUGACCACUUGCCAGGUCCGAGUGCGCGGCUGCGGGUGCGUCGGACCUGCUGGGACUGCAGGCUUCGGUCGGUCCGGACCUGCAGGUCAUCAGUGUCAGACUUCUCGCCAUUGAACCCUGCAGAGUGCCGGAGGGUCUUAGACGGAGGACUCCAGCUCGCUCUGUUCGCUGAAUGCUCUCGGGGAGGAGAAAAACCACAGUUACUCCAAAACGUUCACGUUCGUACGGCUUUUGGCGUUUUUUGGUGGCCUGUUUUGUGGAGGUUUGGUUGAAAAUUGAGGGGGCGGAGGACUUGCGCAAGACAUUAUACGCCGGGCAGCAGGCUGUCGUCUUGCGUCGCUUGGUGCCUCGCAAGGCAAAGUGAAUCACGCAGAGUUUUGAAGUGCUUGAAGAAAUCUACUUGAGGUUCUGAGAGUUACGUUAAGGUGCUGGACACCGUUUUGCACUGGCGGCCUGCACAGGGCUCUUGAGGAGGAACGCAAAUAUCUGGCAAGCCAACGGCAAUUUAUGAAUCUGGAGUAGUGUUCGGCAGCAGCGUAGAAGGAAUUCACUUCACGGUCACGUUUUGUCAGCCGUCCCGUCUUCAUUGCGUUGGAAAGCCUCGAAGUCUUCGAUGUCUUUCAGUUCGCCUCACGUGCAUUGUCGGGUCGCCUGGCGAAAUCCACUUUGAGAUGCUUGCCCGGAUCUAAAAUACUUCGCGUUGGUCGUGCGAGCGGAACUUGGCUGGCAUUCAGCUUCGUCUAAGACUGUGCCGCCUGAGACACCAGUCGUAAGUGUCCGGGUGGCGCAUCCAGCUGUGUUCCGUAGGUCACCGCCGGACACUGGCGAGGCUCCUUUUGAAGAUGAUGGUCUUCUGACUUCUGCCUCUGUCCCGAUAAAGUAUAUAUCAAGAUAGGGUCUUCUGACUUCUGCCUCUGUCCCGAUAAGGUAUAUAUCAAGAUGAGUCUUCUGACUUCUGCCUCUGUCCGUUGAUUACUGCCUCUGUCCGGAUAAAGCAUGUAUCAAGCUGGGUUGGUUGGUCUUACCAUAAGGAGCAUUUCCCCGGCGGUUUCUUUAACAUUCCGAUCGUUUUUUCGACGGGUUGGAUGUUUGACUAAGAAAAACAGCCAAGCGGAAUCGCUCGUUGCACGGAGUUGGGAUAUGCACGUUCAAUGCAGGUCCCUUCAAAAUGUGUUUGUUUUACCGUCGGCUGCCGAGUUGUAUAGCACGUAGUUGGAGGAAGGUCGAUCCCGGUGUCAGGUGGUCCGCACAUAUGUGGUCCUUGAGUGUUCGUGUCGCAGUAGCGUCCGGUUAGGUGCUACGGUUCAGGUCUUUACGGCAUUUAUUCACAACGGGAGGCUUGUGGGCCUAGUCGUGGCAUUUGCCGCCAGUUUCUUUAGGUGGCGUUUUUUGUUAUUCUGUCGCGUCACGUUAAUUGGAAGUGAGCAAAGUUGGUCGGAUCGUGAAUUAUGUAAAGGGUGGUGUCUUACAUCGAAUCUCGUGAGACCCCCGAAUCUUACCGGUUUGAUUCGCGCUUGUACCCCCUGGAAGACUACGUAAUGUGUCGUGAGGUUUUGUUUGUAUCUCGUACCGAGUCUCAUCGUGCGGUUGAUUGGUGAGGUUUGUUGACGUUGAGACGCCAUGGAGAACAGCUUGUGUACGGCGCACCCCCGGCUCCCCUCGUCGUCUGUUCCCCGUCUCCACCCACUGGGCAAGCGUGCGCGAUCAUCACUGGGGAUUGGUGAUGAGCUUUUGCUGUCGGCGUCCGUGAUAUUGAUGUUCCGUCUAGUCCGUCUGGCGCUUUAAAUGGUCGGCGUUGUCGCAUUCUUGGCGUGUCUGGCGCGGCCUUGACCUUUGGGGGAUGGGCGGACCACGGGUCCCCCGGACGCACGGAGUGUGUGUGUGCGUUUGCUACCCACGCCUUGGUUUUCCCUGAGCUUCGGUGUCAAUAUUUCUGCGCUAUGUCUCAAUAAAUAGCGAGCCUGCU